UUAUUUGCUGCCCAAACGUAAACAACGCCCCCGCAAAACAUGAGUGUGAAUAAGGAGAUGAUUUUGCAAUUCGCACCAUGGGAAUCCUUUGUGUCGCCCACCUUUUGGCACAAGCUGGCGGAGAUUAAGCUUGACUUGGAUCGCCUGUCCGACUCCAAGCGUUCCAUUAGUGGCCACUAUACAAACCGCAAUGCCAGUGGAUGUCUCCUGGAAGUGGACUACACAGCCUACAACAGGACAGCACAGCCACCGAAAUUCAGCCAUUCCGCCAUCGGCACCAUCUACAAUAAGAACACAAUCGAAGAGUUCAAGGCCCUGGACAAAUUGCAACUGCUUGCCGAUGAGGGCAAGGAACUGCUGGCUGAUAUGUGCAGUGGUGCCGUGAUGAGGGAUCCCAGUCUGUUGACCCGCUUCUUUGUUCUCUCCUUCGCCGAUUUGAAGUGCCACAGCUACUACUAUUGGUUCGCCUUUCCCUGCCCACUAACGCCCACCUUGAAGCUACUGGGCGCGGUCCAAAAGCUCCGGGACCUACCCAAUAGUAUUAGCUACAUAGAGGCCUUGAAAUCCCUGCCCGCUGAGUCGUCAAACUUCUUCAUUCUAUAUGCUAAUAACGAGCAGGAUGUCUUUGAAGUCCGGAAAUUAAGUUCUCUGGAUGAAAACGAAGUAGAACAUUACUAUUUUGGCUUUGCCGAUCCUAGCGAAUAUGAGCAUCCAGCUUGGCUGAUGCGGAACUAUGCUGCCUUUCUGCUCCAGCAAUGCCCCUCAUUCGUUGGCAAAACACUCAAGUUUCUGGGCCUGCGAUAUAGUCAACAAAUGCAGGUGGAUGAAAGCCUUAUCUGGCAGGUGAUCCAAACUGAAGCUUGCGAUUUAAGCCAAACCGGGGAGGUGAAAUUUGUGGGAUGGGAGCUGAAUAAAAAUGGCAAAAUGUGCCCAAGAAUGGUCUGCAUGAGGGACAGCAUGGAUCCAGCCAAACUGGCUGAGAACUCCGUGAACCUCAAUUUGAAACUAAUGAAAUGGCGCUUGGUUCCCGAUCUCAAUUUGGAAGUCAUUUCCCAAACCAAAUGUUUACUUUUUGGAGCUGGUACUUUAGGCUGUGCUGUGGCAAGGAAUCUGUUGUCCUGGGGCUUUAAGCACAUUACCCUGCUGGACAACGGCAAGGUAGGAUUUUCUAAUCCAGUGCGCCAGAAUCUAUACACCCAUGCGGAUGCCGUGGCGGGCAAUCGGAUGAAGGCCACCACAGCAGCGCAGAGACUGCGGGAGAUCAACCCUUCUGCGGAAACGGCAGGACAUGUUCUGGAGAUUCCCAUGCCUGGACACACAAUUGGGGAAUCCCUGCUUGCCCAGACGAAGGAGCAUUUGCAGGUGAUAGAGCAGCAGGUUCGGGAUCACGAUGCAAUCUUUCUGCUUACGGAUUCACGAGAGAGUCGUUGGCUGCCCACGCUGCUUGGAGCGGCUAACCAAAAGAUUGUGAUCAAUGCAGCCCUUGGCUUUGAUAGCUACCUAGUGAUGCGACAUGGCACCACUCGCGAGGAGGCCGGCGACAUUGGACAAGAGAUUGAGGGACUCAAGUGCAUUAGGGGUGAUCAAUUGGGUUGCUACUUCUGCAACGAUGUCACGGCACCGGGAAACUCUCUCAAAGAUCGCACAUUGGAUCAGCAGUGCACUGUGACCCGACCCGGAGUAUCCAAUAUUGCAGCUAGUUAUGCGGUGGAGUUGCUGGUGGCCUUACUCCAGCAUCCUCAAAAGGAACUGGCACCCGCCUACUACGCCCAGAGUGGGCGUGGCAAAUCGGAGGAGGCUGCAGGCAAGGUGCCGGAGGGUCUACUGGGCAUUCUGCCCCACUCCAUCCGUGGAAUGCUAUGCAACUAUGAGAAUAUUCUGCCCGCUACCCAAAAGUUUGCUCAGUGCAUCGCCUGCUCAGUGGCCGUUUUGAAGGCUUAUAAAAACGAAGGACAUGCCUUCCUCUUGAAAACUUUCGAAACUGCAAAAUAUCUGGAGGAUUUGACUGGAAUCUCCGAGUUCAAGCGUUUAAACAGCGAGAUAAUCGAUUUUGAUGAUGACGAAUUCGAUAUGUCCGAGGAGGAUGAAGAUUAACUUGCAUUUUACAUUUGAAGUGAAGUGAGAUUAACCUUAUCGAGGCUUCAAGUUUAUAUUUUCAGCUGAAUUUAGUAUGUGAGCAUUUAGAGUUUAAUGCCUAAGCCAAAAAAAAAAAUGUAAGUGUAUCGAUGUUUUUAUGUAUAUUAUAUAGUUAUUAAGAAAAUUGUAUACCAAUAAUAAUUAAAAGUAAUGGAAGAAAUGUGCACAUAAAAUGCACACUUUA